CAUGCCCCCCGCCCCGUCCCCUAGCCACCCCACAGAGUCCAGCCCCCUCCUCUCCCCCUCCACUCUCGAAGCAGGCGUGCCCCACACCACUCCGAGCCCUGCCCCCUCAUGGCAUUUCUGGAACCGCCCUCCCUUCAGACAGGUCCGCUUCGCUGAAUCGGACCAGUUCUUGUCUCCGCCAGCGGCCAUGCAUGGUGCAGAUGAUGAGCUGGACCAACCAGAUAGACCCAAACGGCCGUUCUAUCGGUCAGAAGAAGUCAUGGGUCGGUGGCUGAUAUAUUGCCUAUUGGUCCUCGUCGGUAUGAUCCUCGGUGCCUCGUUUUCAAGGCAUUGGACGCGGGGUGAAGGGAAACUGGGAGACGGGCCCAUGGUUCCUCCUGUCUGGACACUUCCCCCUCCUACGGGUCUGCCCAGGAAUGAUCCCUACCUGAUCAACGCCACCUCUGCGGCUGUCGCAUCCGAAGACGUCACCUGUUCGAACCUCGGUCUCGAUAUCUUGCGCAACAAGAACGGGUCUGCCGUCGAUAGCGCCAUCACCACCACUCUUUGCAUAGGCCUCUUGAAUGCUUUCAGCUCCGGGAUUGGAGGAGGAGGGUUCAUGGUGGUUCGUGUGCCGGAAGAGCAUUACGUGCCGCACGAGCUGCUAAAUGAGAUUGGGUACGAGGGACAACUCCAGGAGGGUCGGGUAGUGGCAUUCGAUUUUAGAGAGACCAGUCCGGAGAAGAGCGAGGUGGACAUGUAUGGGACAUCUAGAGCUGGGAGGGCGGCUGCCCAGGUUGGAGGUCUGGCUGUCGCUGUCCCGGGGGAGCUUAGAGGUCUGGAAGCAGCCCAUAAGCUGUAUGGCACCCUGCCCUGGGAAGACGUGGUCAUGCCUGUGGCAGAUCUGGCGAAAGGAUGGAAGGUCUCGCGUGAGCUCGCUAAGCGUCUACGGGUUUAUGGUCAAUUCAUGUUGUCAUCUCCGGCUUGGAAAGCUAUCUACGCUCCUCGGGGCGAACUCCUUGUUGAAGGCGAAUUCAUUCAAAGAACCAACUACGGCAAGACACUCGAGAAGAUUGCCCGAGAGGGUGCCGAGGCAUUCUAUCACGGUGAGAUCGCUGAGAGCACUGUGGAAACCAUCAAAGAUGCAGGGGGUAUCAUGACCCUCAAUGAUCUUAAACACUACAAAGCACUUGCUUACUCAGCUAUCCACGGCACCUUCAUGUCCAAAGAGGUCUACACCACCUCCGCCCCUUCCUCCGGUGGUGUUCUCUUAGGCUUGCUCAGCGUCCUAGAGCCACUGAAUAUCACCAGCACAGGCGGUUUGAGGGAUGUCCUGAAUGCUCAUAGGUUUAUUGAGGCCCUCAAGUUCGCCUUUGGUGCGAGAUCAGCUAUCACCGACCCUGCGUUCGCAGCCAACAGGAGCGCGCUAGAGGAUGUACACUCGAAGCAGUGGGCUGAUGAUGUACGGGCUAAAAUCACUGAUGACGCAACGCAUUCCGCAGACUAUUAUGGUCUGCAAUAUGACACACCUAUAGAUCACGGAACAACCCACAUCAGUGUGGCUGAUCGGUGGGGAGGAGCUGCUAGUGUCACGUCGACCAUCAACCUCAUUUGGGGCAGCCAUGUGAUGGAUCCCAAGACCGGUGUCAUCUUUAACGACGAGCAAGACGAUUUUGCCGUCCCAGGCGCGGCUGAUGCGUUCGGACUCUGGCCUAGUCCAUGGAAUUAUCCCAUGCCGGGAAAAAAGUCAGACCAUACUCCUGUCUCCACCGAGGUCGCGCUGAAAGCUAGUUAGGCCCCUUUCUUCGACAGCAGCCUCCAUUAUCCUCAACCCCCCAACCAGAUCGCACCCCUCAACCCUUUACGCCGUCCUAGGCGGUUCCGGAGGCUCCCGGAUCUUCCCCUCCAUCGCACAAGUCGUACUCAACCUCUUUUCAGGCAAAGACAUCUCGCAGUCAAUCGAGGCAUACCGGCUACACAAUCAGAUUGUCCCGGAUCUGACUACGGUGGAAGUUGGCCCAGAGGGCGAGAAUCGAGAGCUGGUGGAGGGACUGAAAGCUAAGGGGCACAAGAUUGGAGAAUUCGACGUCAAUGUUGGAAUAUCGGAAGUGCAAGCGAUAGUCCUUCAAGAUGGUCGUUUGUACGCUUCAAGCGACUCUAGAAAAAAUGGUAUCGCAGCGGGUCAUUAAGUGCCAGAUUGGGAGGGCGUUCGAGGUGAGAGGAGGCCAGGCGCGCGGGCAAGGGAUCAACAGAAGUCUGGAGUUAUCGCGUGGGGACCAUCUCUGGCAUGUAUCGAAAACAGAAUGUGCGCGGUAACAUACAGGAUCUAAAGCGGUGCGCGUGACAUUGGAUAGCACAAGCUCUAUGAGAUGAAGCGACCGUCGUGCACUUCAUCCUGUCUAAUAAGCUUGAUUGCUCUGGAAUCGUUAUGCGCAUUGUGAGA